ACUCUGCCACUGCUCACCGUGAAAGACGGUUGAAAAAUCAUCUAGAUAUUAUUUUCAAGUCUCCUACGAAAAAAGGAAUAUAGGAGAUAUUUGUCAAUGUCAAGUGUGAACUGGAGAAAACAAAAUAAGAAGAAAGUGGUCGACUGGUCAGCAAUGGCUACCUCAAGUCUCUAGUAAAAGGCUACUCAUUCUCUGUUUUGCUGAGAAGAAAGAAAAUACAAAGAAAAACCAUCUUUAUAUUAUUUAAUUUAUUUCUCUCGUUUGCGAUCCUCCCUAUUAAUAGUAUUUCUUUAUCACCUUCAAUUGUAAACUCCUCUUGUAAGCUCUCGAAGUGUACAAUUCUUCUCAAGAAAAUAUUCAAGUUUAUUUUUCAAGUUCCUACAUCUAUCUUCAAGUUGAAUAUCAGAUGGUGUAAAUCUUGGGUACCAAUUUCGAUUAGUGGACUCAGGACUGGAGGUCUCCUAGGACUGGCAAGCAACAAGUCAAAGCAUGGUAUUCUCUUCCUCUUUGGAUGUGAUAUAAUUGGAAGAAAGGGAGCAUAAAAACUUGGUGACUAAAGCUAGAAGGGAGUUUGAACUAUGAAUUUAAAAAUGGAUCAGGCUGUAGUGGAACUCUUGAUUGAAAAUAUCAUUUCAAUCCUUUCAAAUGAAGCAUCUUUGUUAUGGGGGGCUCGUGAUGCAAUUGAAGAUAUCAAAGAUGAGUUAAUAAGCAUGCAAUCAUUCUUAGUAGAUGCUGAUAGAAAGGGAGUAGGGAAGGAAGGAGAGAAAACUUGGGUGGCAAAUGUGAGGGACUGGGCGUAUGAUGUUGAAGACAUUAUUGAUGAGUACAUGUAUCACAUAAAUCACCAACAAAUUGGCGGUCAAUCUUCCUGGAACCUUCACCACACCAUUAACUUUCCAAAAAAUCUCUGGGUGAGACGUCAAACUGCCACCAAGAUACAAAAAAUUAACGAGAAAAUAAAGGGCGCCAUACCAGAGAGGAAGCAAAGAUAUGGUAUUGAUCAUAUAGAGGGAACUAGUUCUAAAGAUAAUCAGAAAUGGGUGGUGCGUCAUGCUGAAUCAUCUCUUUUUUUUAAAGAAGACGAACUUGUUGGGAUUGAAAAGAAAAGGCAAUCGUUAAUGAAAAGGUUGAUGGAUGGAGAGCCACAUCUGACUGUCAUUUCGAUAGUUGGGAUGGGAGGUUCAGGCAAGACCACACUAGCUGCCAACACCUACAAUAAUGAUGAUGUAAAGAAACAUUUCGACUGUUGUGCAUGGAUCACAAUUUCCCAAGCAUACGAAUUAGAAGACGUAUUGAGGAGCUUGAUUAUGGAAUUCCACGAGUCAAGGAAGGAAACAAAUCCAGCAGACUUCAAUUCCAUGAGCUACAGACUCUUAGUAAAAACACUGGUGAAUUAUUUAGAGGAGAAAAGGUAUCUACUUGUCCUAGAUGAUGUUUGGGACACAAAACUCUUGGAUGAAAUAAAGGUAUCACUUCGAGAUAGUUGUCUUGGGAGUAGAAUCAUCCUUACAACUCGAAAAGAAGAUGUAGCUUGCUAUCAUUUGGGAGGUAAACAUCAUAUUCAUCAUAUUCAGUUGCUGAAAAACGAAGAGGCAUGGGAGCUCUUUUGCAAUAAAGCAUUCAUAAAUUGUACCAAUGGAAGUUGUCCACUGGAGCUUAAAUCUUUUGCUAAAGAACUUGUGCGAAAAUGCGAAGGCCUACCUCUUGCAAUUGCGGCUUUGGGUAGUCUUAUGUACUCCAAGAAUAUGUUUGAGUGGAACGAAAUUUACAACAGCUUGAAUUGGAGUCUAAGUAAAAAUCCUAAGCUAGAAGCUGUGAAGAGCAUUUUGUUGCUUAGUUUCAAUGAUUUACCAUAUCAAUUGAAGCAUUGUUUCCUAUAUUGCUCUCUUUUCCCAGAAGAUCAUGAGAUUCGAAGAAAGAGGCUCAUAAAGCUAUGGAUGGCAGAAGGAUUUGUAGAACAAGAUAAAAGGUCCAUGCCAGAGGAAGUAGCAGAGAGCUACCUAUUAGAACUCAUUUUUCGAAGCAUGCUUCAAGUUGUAAAAAGGAAUGAAUCUGGAAGGCCAAAGAGAUGUAAAAUGCAUGAUAUUCUGCGAGAGCUUGCACUAUCAAUAUCAGAGAGAGAGAAGAUUGGUGUUGUACAUGUUGGAAGAGAAGAAAUGACAGAAUGUGAAGCACGCCGCAUUUCAAUUCACAAAACUGAUGGAAAAGUCAAAUCAUUCACGAGUAUGUCAAAGCUCCGUUCUUUUUUUGUUUUUGACAAGAUGUUGAAAACAUUGCCUUUGGGAAGUAAAAUGUUAAGGGUCCUAGAUUUGGAAGAUGCCCCCAUUGAUGACUUGCCUGAUGAACUAUUCAAAUUAUUUAACUUAAGAUAUUUGAAUUUAAGGGGAACUUUAGUUAAGGAGCUUCCAAAAUCUGUAGGGCGGCUCCGAAACCUUCAAACCUUGGACGUCCGAGACACAAAACUAGAGGUCCUUCCUUGUGAAAUAGGAGAGUUGCAAAACUUGCGGCAUCUAAUUCUACACCAAUUCACUGGAAAUUGGAAUGAUUUCAAAUUUGCUAUUGGGCCGCGAACACCAUCAAAUAUCUGUAGAUUAAAAAAUUUGCAAGUUGUGACAUAUUUAGAAAUAACAGGUGACUUGUUGAAACAGAUUCGGAGCAUGACUCAGCUUACCAAGAUCGGUCUUAUAAAUGUGAAAGCAGCAGAUGAGAUGGACUUAUGUGAUUCAAUUCAUAACAUGAAGCUUAUGCGCUACUUGUGUAUCGUGGUUACAAAUGCGGAGGAAACCCUCCGUAUGGAUGCUCUUUCAUCUCCUCAUACCAACCUUCAAAAGCUUAUUUUGGCUGGAAAACUAGAAAAGGUGCCACAGUGGUUUCAUUCACUUCAAAGCCUCACAUUUUUGGCUCUGCAUUGGUCGAGACUGGAAGAAGAUUUACUCCCUCACGUUGCUGCUUUGCCCUAUUUGGGACGUCUUGAACUUUCUAAUGCUUAUGUUGGAAAACAGCUAUGUUUCAGUACAGGCUUUCUUAAGCUUACAAGAUUGAUUAUUCGUAAUUUCCCUCAAUUGAAUGAGAUAAUAAUAGAAAAGGGGGUGAUGCCAAAUCUGAAAUCCCUAGAAAUUGUGAGCUGCAUGGAGUUAAAGGCAGCGCCCAAGGGCAUUGAAAACCUACAAAAUCUCCAACUACUGCAUUUGCAAUCUGUCUCAAUGGAACUUAAAAAUCGCAUUCGCGAAGUGGAUUCUCCAAAGGUGCAGCACAUACCAGCGAUCUACAUCUCGAAGUAAUUCAAAAUGUUUAACAAAGUAGCUUCUCAAUUCUAUCUAAUUUUUCUUCCACUUUUAAUCUUUAAAUGAAUGGUUGCAUUCAUUUUAUCAUUUAAGUUAUUUCUUUGAACUAAUGGUUUCUGUCUUUCUGACAUCAUAAAUAAGGAAUCCGUUCUAACGAUUAAUUGUACUUAAUCGUAUCUCUGUUUUUUUACCCACGGCAGAAUCAUGCUUGCUAUUGCUUGAUUGCUUGGAGUUUGUUUUAUCUACCAUCUUGGCAUAGAAA